AUUUUAAGAGCCUUUCGUAUUCGUUCGGUGCUUACAACAUGUAACAGUGGUAUUAACCUUCGUCUGGACUCAAAUCUGAAGCGUAAAAGACAGCAACAACAUUUAAAUAUUUGAAUUCCGCUCACCGGGCUUCAGUGUUGCGUCAUUACACCUGCCAUUACGGUCAGGCAGCCGUUAAGGCUGACCGUGCCAACCGUUGGCUGUCACCGCCACCGGCGUAGUUAUUAAAAAGUCAAGAUGGCGGCCGACGGUCAGCUCGAGUACGAAUCCGUGCUCUGUGUGAAACCCGAAGUCAACGUUUACCGAAUCCCGCCGAGAGCAUCCAACCGGGCGGUCAGAGCUGCUGAUUGGAAGCUGGAUGCUCCUGAUUGGACGGGCCGCUUGCGUGUGACCGCCCGGGGUAAAGUGGCCUAUGUGAAACUGGAGGACAAAAUUUCUGGGGAACUGUUUGCUCAGGCGCCGAUGGAGGAGUACCCUGGCAUUGCCGUGGAAACCGUCAGUGACUCAAGCCGUUACUUUGUGCUCCGCAUUCAGGAUGACAACGGCCGCAAAGCCUUCAUAGGCAUUGGGUUUGGAGACCGCGGGGAUGCCUUUGACUUCAAUGUUGCACUUCAAGACCAUUUCAAGUGGGUCAAACAGGAAACUGAGUUCACCAAACAAGCCCUACUUCCAGACUCUACCCCUAAACUAGAUUUGGGCUUCAAAGAAGGACAGACUAUUACUAUAAAUAUUGGGCAAACCAAGAAAAAGGACAGGGCCCGCCCACACAGUUCAGGAGGCCUGGGACUCCUUCCUCCUCCACCUGGGGGCAAGCUAGCCCCACCCCCUUCAUCCAAAUUUGCCAAUCAAAACACACAGCCAUCCACAGGAGGAAGUGAGUCUGGUUUUUUGCUAGACCUGGACUCCAGCAACUCCAACUCAGAGGCCCCAUCCAACUCUGCCUCCACGACAAGCUCUGACCUUUGGGGAGACUUUGACUCUGUAACCCACAAGUGAAGAGGAACUCAUGCUACUUUCUUCCCUCUUCACUUUAUAUCUCUCCUCAAAAUUAUGCAGCACUUUUUUGCUAAUUUAUUUUCCCUCUUCUAGGGGUCCCAUAUCUCUCCCUGCCAAGCAGGGCAACCCCCGCCAUCCUGUUUGCUUUGGUCUGAAUUCCUUACAGUUCAGUCUUUCUCAGACACGUUUAGACUCCAGACCAUCACUGUUCAGCAGAUUCAUUUCCCCUCUAAUAAGCAAAGCAUUCCAGUGUCUGUAUGUUUGGGUCACAGCCCUUAUAAUAAAUGUGUAAAAUACUUAAUAGAUUUAUCAGAGGAAACCUAAUUAUCAACAUCUCAUGAUUGAAAUCAUGGAGAAUAUAUCCAUACAUUAACUUAAUGUACAGUGCAGAGAGCGUUUCUUUAAAUAAGUGUACCUAUUGUGUCUGUAGUUAUAAGUGUCGAUGUUGACUUCAUGUUCUGCAGUUUCUCUUUCUCAAAGUCUCAUUGGGACUGAAUUUAUGCACUGACGGACAGUCAAGUCUGUUUCUGUGGUUGGUGAUUUAUAUCAAAUCUGCUUUUAAUGCAGACGUUGCCAGAUAUUCGACUGAAAUUCUUGUGCCGUUUCCCACAGGAGGUUUUUUCCAUGAAAGAAUCCUGUCAGCCAUCAGCUGAUUUACCGCCUGGUUGCGCGCUUCAACACUCUCUCGUUGGCUUUCUGCGGCCGCGCAGCUGUUCGCCACGCGUUUCGCCAACGACGGGUCACUGGAGCGCUGCACAUUGUUUGUUAACUGUGCAUCAAGAAACAUGAAAGCAGGAAUUUUGGAUGGAAAGGAAGUUGGAAGAAGAAAGACGCAACAAGUGUUUUCAUCUUUGCCUCAAGGGGAAGCAGAGAUGUUUGGGUUUGGGUUAAGUCAUCUCCCCUCAGCACAGCUGCUAAAGCUGCGUCUGAGUCAUUAAGGUCACGACCCCUCUCUUCCUUAAGGAUCAUGGCUUUUUUCAUGGCGGGGUAGGUGAUCAGGACACAUACCUCAAUUACAGCAUGUUUGAACAAGUAAAUUAAGGUUAUAUCUAAAAAUGUAUUUAUUUCUGACAUUGCAGUAUUGAGAGAGCUGGUCUGUGUGUGAUGCAGUGCGUCGUUGUGUGAUUAUGUUUCACUGAUAUCAUAUGUGUUGUGACUGAUGUGUUAAAGUGCUGUACUGAUGAAUGUUAGUUGGAGAUCACUGUUUUUUCUGUAUUUAUCUAAAUUAUAUGCAUUCGUUUCAGAUUUCACUUGUUGUUCAAAGUCUAAAUGUAUAUUGAAAUAAACAUUAAGAGAACACAAA